CUCUUCUACUCACACACACACACUACAAUCAAUUAAGCCCUCACAACAAAGGCUAAAUGGGUUACUCACUCAGCCUCUCACUCUGCUCCAUCCUCAUCUUUGCCUCUUUUCUCACCUUAGCAAAUGCAGCAAACUUUGAGAUCGUCAACAAUUGUCCCUACACUGUCUGGGCCGCUGCUAGUCCAGGCGGAGGUGUGCGCCUGGACCGAGGCCAGACAUGGAACCUUUGGGUGGCACCCGGCACUACCAUGGCCCGCAUUUGGGGUCGCACCGGAUGCAACUUUGAUGGCAAUGGUCAAGGCCAUUGCCAGACUGGAGAUUGCACCGGUGGACUCCAAUGCCAAGGCUGGGGUGUCCCACCCAACACCUUGGCCGAAUUCGCAUUGAACCAAUAUGCUAACCAAGAUUUCUAUGACAUCUCAGUUAUAGAUGGAUUCAACAUUCCCAUGGACUUCUACCCUCUAAAUGGUGGGUGUCACAAGAUCAGCUGCACGGCCGACAUUAUCGGACAGUGUCCUAACGAGUUGCGAGUACAAGGAGGGUGUAACAACGCUUGCCCGGUGUUCCACAGCAAUGAGUAUUGCUGCACCGAUCCGCAAGCUAGCUGUGGACCCACAUAUUACUCGAGAUUCUUCAAAGAUAGGUGCCCUGAUGCUUAUAGCUACCCUAAAGAUGAUCCAACCAGCCUUUUCACUUGCCCUGCAGGUUCUAACUACAGGGUUGUGUUCUGUCCUUUGGGGUCAUCUAAAUUUCCUCUUUUGAUGCCUGGAACUAGGAGCAUUCAGUAGAGAAUGUGAGAACAGAUGCUGCCGUGGCCUAUUAUUGACUUAGAAUAAAAGAUGAAGUUUCUUUGUUGAAAACUUCAUUCUGUGAUGAUAAUAAGCUCUUAAUAUGUUAGUUGUGUUUGUUUUUCUUGGUGUGUAAUAGAGUACCUAUGUUGAGCUAA